AUGUAUAAAUUAAUUGCUAAAACAACACUCUCAAAAGCAAAGCAUACUGCUCCAAUAUCUGUUUUCAAAUUCAACAGCAAGCUUUGCUAUCUCAAUUAAUAAAGAUCGAUUUUCAAUUUCUUGAGGAAAAAAACUUAAGCAGAAGAAUAGAUUCAUGAAAAUUCUAAUAAGAUUACUGUUGAGGAUAAUACUGAGAAAUUGGAGAUUAAAGAAUUAAGAUUUAUUAAACAGAAUGAAUUAGCUAAACAAAAUCAAGAAGAUUAACUUGCUUAGUAAGCAACUAAUUUGGAACCUUUAAAAGAAGAUGAUACCAAGAUCCUCAGAGACCUAUACAUCCCAAAAGAAGAGGAAGGGCUAGACAGAUUUGAUAAUUCUUUGUCAAAGUUGCCCGAAUACGAAUCUUAAAUAGCCUAAUCUAAAGACAUUAAUGAACUUAAUACUCUCAUUGGACAGACUAAUAAAAAACUAGUAAUGAAAUACAAAAGAGAGCACGCCUAUAAGCUAGAAAAAUAUGAAGAGAGAUUGUAUAAGGAGGUAUUCUAUGAUUUAAGACCCAAUAAAAAUCCUCAGGAAGAGGUCACGAUUAUGAAUCCACUCAAGAAGUCUAGGCUACCUCAUAGAUAUAGAAAUAUUGUUGAGAUAUCUUAAGAAUCAUACAGAGAAGCUUAAUGGCCUAGACAUCAAAGAAGACCUUAGGAAGUAGUAAACAUCCAUACAAUGAAUAAAGAGGGAAGAAUAAUGGACCCUUACAAAUGGAUGGAGCAUAUGUCUGAAGAGGAGAAGAAGGAUUUCCUUCUUGUUGAACAUGACUUCUACACUAUGUGCAUGAUGAAGUAAGACUUGCUCACAAGAUAAAUACAAAGAGAGCAAGAUCAUUAUCAGCACAUUGCAAAGCCACUCCCAGUAAGGAUUGGAGAAUUUCUUUACUAUAGAAGAUUUGAAAAUCCAGCAGACAGUAUGACAAUAUAUAGAUUUCCAAUUGAUGCUCAUAAAAUCAGGGGGCAUGUGGAAGGUGAAUUGCCAUAUAUGUGGAUUAAUCAUGAUAAUUUUGAGUAGGUUGAGAAGUCUGAGACGGCUAAAGAAUUUCCAGAAUAAAUAUUGUUUGAAGUAUAAGAUCUCACUUUGCUUUACAAAGAAUUUGCACUUAGAGAUGAAAAUAUCAAGACAUUUAUAGAGAAUAUUACAGAGAUGCUGCAGACCUAGUCUCACUAGCCUUUGUAUCAUUUCCAAAUAAGUGAUGAAUAAGACUUAGCAUUAAUGGCUUUUGACACUGAAAUGAAUUAGAAAAGUUUAGAUUUGGUUAUUAAAGACUUGAAAAUUAAUAGACUUCUACCUGUAUUGAUUAAAAACACUGAUGGAUAGUAUGCUUUUGACAAGUCUAAUGGUAUUUACUAUACACAAGUGGAUGCUUUUGGCAGAGGAGUUAAAGUAUACAGACACUAAGUUGGAACCUUAAAUAGCUUUGAUAAACUUGUCUAUGAAGAGACUAAUCCUGAUUUCUUUGUCAAUGUCGAGAAUACACUAAGUGGAGAUUUUAUAAUGAUUAAUAUCCAGUCUAAUUUUUCACCAAAGACAAACGAAAUAUGGAUUAAAAAUGCUCAUCAAAGGUAGGAGAGAUUUUGGCUUGUCUAGACUAUGCAAUAAAAUGUUGAUUAUUAGAUCAAACACUCUGGGGAAUUUUUAUAUAAGAUGAGUAAUGAAGACGAUAAGAAUAGUUAUAAGAUAACUAAAAUAAUGCUACCAGAUCAAAUUAAGUCACUUCCAAAAGAAGGAGAAUAUCAAAGACUUGAGCAAUAAUCGAAGACUUAAGAACAAAAUUUAUAGCCAAAUCACACUAGCGAUAUAUAAAGGCUAGGAAAACGUGAAAUUCAGCCUAUUAUGAAUGAUAUGCAAUCUAGAUAGCAGUAACUACUUUAAACUCUGCCUACCUCUUCAAUUAUUGAUCUUCCAGUCUAGAGAGUCCUUGUGGAAGCUAAAGAAGAUGAAAAUAUAAUUGACUUUGAAGUAUAUAAACACUACCUUACUGUUAUAUAAGAAAAAAAUCAACAAAGAAUAAUGAAAAUAAUUAAUCUUAAAACCGAAAGAGAAUACACGCAUUUAUUUGAUUCUGAAAAGGAACUUAAUCCAGCUGAUGGACUAAUCACAGACUUCUAUGAUGUAGAAAUGGAAGAUAACUAUACCUUUGACUCGGCAAGUUUGAGAUAUAGGCUAUAUACCCCUAAUACUCCACAAAGAGUGCUCAAUAUCAAUUUGGGUACUAAGAAAACUGAGUAGAUAUUCAUGGAGCAGUAUCAAAAUUUCAGCAAACCUGAGAACAUCCAAUGUGAAAAGAUACAGGUAAGAAUGAGAGACGGGUAGGAAAUUCCAAUGGUAAUGACAUACGAUAAAUAAUUCUUCAAUGAAAAGAGUCCUUGGAUAAUGUUUACUAAGGGAGCUAAAUCUGAGAAGAGUGAUUUACAGUACAAGAUACUUUGA